AUGGCCAUCGCCUCUUGUCGAAAUCUGUUGUUCGGCAAGGUUCCAGAAGAGCCGAAUGAACCAAUACUGGCCAUCUGGAAUAUCGCUGCUGCCUUGCAGUUCGCGCUUGGUUGCGCAAAGGCUAGAGUGCACCCUCAGACAAUGCCUACUCUGGGCCGGGCGACCGAGUAUUACAACAGCCCACAACGCCAGCAGCGAUGA